AUGAGAAUAACUUUAAUUGACAAUUUAACAAUUAUUGCCCAUUCCCAACAUUAGAAUUAAGCCGGAAAUACAAUGGUAAGUGUUAUUCUCAUAAUCCCAUAUAUUUAAUAUUUGUCUCUUCUACUCCCAUCUCAUGGAUGGUCAUAUUGGAAUUAUAGUGAUGGCUAUUUAUCAUUCAUUUAAAAGGCUUGCUCUUAUUUUACAAUAACUCCUUUUUUUGAAUUUCAAAACAACUUCAUCUAUUACCCUUUUACAAUUUUUAGUUUAAUAAUUAUGGUAGGACUCAUUUUAUAUUUGAGUGUUUUUCCUUUAGAAAUGGAAUCUGAAAACAAGAAAGUCAAAUAUUAAGAAGGCAGAACGAGUACUUUAUGCACAGUAAUUUUAUUCACAAUCCAAACUCUCUAAAUCCCAUGCUAUAAGUUUUAUAUUUAAUAAAUUAUUGAGGCAUAGUAAAAAAACCUUUAGAAUCAAUUAAUUAUUAACAUAAUUUCGAUUAUAUUGUACUGCUUGUAUAUUUUUAUGAGUGAAUACUUUUUGAGGUAAUAUUCAUUUACACCUUACCACCCGAUGUAAUAGAAAUUUACACGAUUAAGGGUUUCUCAGAUUCUCAUUAAUUUGAUUGCAAUAGUCUUAACUUUGGAAAAGGAGUCUAGAUUAUAUAAUUUGAUCGGCCUUCUCAUGUUGCAUUCAAUAUUUAUUUUAAAAAUGCUCAAUCAUUUAUACUAUAAACCUGAGGCUCCCCAUAAAAAUAUGAUCCAUUUUGAAGCCUCCUUUACAUUAGAGUCAUUAGCCAUAUUAAUAACUGUGAAUGUUUUCUCGGAAAAUUAAAUCUUUCCUGAAGAACAGAUUGGAAUUUAUAUAAUGUUCAUUUUUAGUUUGUCCACAAUUUUAGGAAAUUUGCUAUUUAAUUUCUUAUUGUAAUUGAAUUUUGAUCCAAAGACCAAAUAGCUCUAUCAGAUUUACAAGUUGUAUUCUUAUAUUGGUAAUAUCACAACAAAUUCAAUAACCACCUAUAAUCUCAUCAUAUAUUAGUUAAUAAACGACAAGGAUUUUUAAAAAUUUCAAUAGAAGGUAAUUAUGAAUCAGAAGAGCACAAAAAUGCAAGAUUAUUAUAAAUUAGGAUUGUAUAUCAUUACUGAAAUUUUUAUCGAUUUAAAAGAAGGAUAGAAGAGUGAGCUUGAAGAGCUACAGUUGUUAUUUGUGUCGUAUUUAGCCUUGAUUAGAAAUAAGCCAUUGAUAGGUUAUGUGGAGUUUAAGAAAUUUGAAUCUAAUUAAAACAUAAAGAAGUCCUAUUAUUUUUAGUUAAUGAAAAGUAGAAUUGAUAAGCAUUUAUAAAAGAAAAUAACGGCAAUACAAUAAAUAUAUGAGAAAGAGCAAUAAUAUAUGAAGAAUGUUACAUAAGAAAAAAGUGUAAGUCCUGCAGAAUUGUAUGAAUAUUCUCAAAUUGAGGAGAAGUUUCAAGGAAAAGUAUCUGACUUAAUAUAACUUAAAAUUUCUAUUUGGGAAAGUUAGAUAAAUGGUUGCAAAUCUAUUUAUGAAUUUGAAGAUAAUGCAGUUAAAUUAAGUAAAUAAAUAAUAUCAUGUAUUUUUUUUCUUAGAAGUUAAACAAUUAAUGUAAUAUAAGAAGAGUACAUAAAAAAUUGUGAUAAUAUUUUAAAAUUAAAAAUAUGUUCAAUGUUCCAUAGUUUUGUGUUGAAUGAUUAUUAUAGUGCAUAUUUGUGUGAAUAGAAAAUACAAGACAUAAUGAAAAUAGAAACAACAUAGGAGUAAAAUGUGAUAACACGAUCCAAUAUUUUGAAGGAUGAAACCAUAUUGAUAAUCAUAAGUAUAGUUAAACAAUUGGGUUAAGUUUUAAAUUUGAACAAAAGUUAAAUUGCUAAUUAUUUUGGAUAUUCAAAUUCAGAAUUCCAGUAGAUUGCUAACAUUAAAGAACUCAUGCCAUAAUAUUUUGGAAACCAACACGAUUAAUUCCUAUAAACCUAUAUCUAGGAAGCAAGGACAGAUUUAGCAUUUAAGGAGACCUUAACGUUUGCUUAGGGUAAAAAUGGAUUCCUAAUACCUCAGUAUUUGAAUGUUUAUAAUAAUUUCGACAUCAAUGAUGAUUUUACUUUAAUAGGAAGUCUUACAAAGGAAAAGGAAGUUCAUAAUUAUCUUAUUUUUGAUGAAUAUGGUAAAUGUAUAGGAAUCACCUAACAAUUAAGUAAAUUGCUUGUACCGCAAGAUAAUCUAGAAUAUUUUUUGGAAAAUAUUGAUUCAUUUUAUGUUUAUAUGUUUUUGCCUCAUAUUCAUAUAUACAUGAAUGAUAUCUUGAAUAACUCUAAUAAUAAUGAUGGUGCAAUUCAAUAAAAGUCUGUAUUGCUGUAUGUAUUUUAAGACUUCAUUGGUCUCUAGAAGAUGCAUUAAGCCAUACUUAAUUCAUAUUAAUAGGGGUCUUAAAAGUAUGUAGAAUAGACAAGGGUAUUUUCACAAUUUGAAUAGAUGAAUUCGUUAAUCACUAGUCCUCGAAAUGGCAAUAUGAAGAGACUCAUUUCAGAAGCUAAGCCUUCUAAUCCAUUGGAAGAGGUCAAGAAUUUAGAACAAAGUAGUUUAGACUUCUUUAAAAUUGGUUCGUAAUAAAAGCCGACUAUAAUGGGCACUUAAUAGAAUGCAAAUUCAAUAAAAGAAAACGAAAUAAUCGAUUUUUUGAAUGCUAUUGAAGUAUUGCAAAAGACAAUCUAUUUUUGUACUGCAAAAAUCUAAUUAAAUAUUUUGGGUAGGAAGGAAAAUAAAUAACAUUACUUUAUUUUGGAGUUAUCUGAAUUUGUAGAUAAAUCAAAUCAAUAAGAUGAGGAAAAGAAAUAAAUGAGAAGACAAAAUCUGCCUAUUCGCAGGGCAGCCAAAAGACAUACAAGCCAAAAGCAAAGUUAUAUUCAACAAUUCUAGACGAUUCCUAAGAGUCCUGAUUAUCAUAUGGAUUCUUCAUUGAUGAGUCCUGUUGGUUCAGUUUUACAAAAGAAAAGUUUUCUUGAUAAAUCUCCAGUUAAUAAUUAGAUUUUACAUUACGUAAGCGAACGACGGUUAAAUUUGAUGGGUUCUUUAGGAUAAGCUGAUUCUUAGAGUUUUAGUGAAGAAGUAUUUAGCAAUGAAAUACAAUAAGUGUUGCAGCAUUAGAAUGAGUACAAAUCAAAUCAUGGAGUAGGAAUACUUAAGUCUCAAUCAUCAACGAAAUCUGGUAAUUCAGGAUUAACUGCGAUAGAAAUAGUUAAUAAAUUUAAGACCAAAACUUCUUUAAUAUCAAGUCUUGCAAUUAUUUCAUUAAUAAAAUUGGUCGUUCUUAUUUUAUUUAUCAUCUUUAUGAUUAUUAACAUAACACAAGUAAACGUUUUUAAUGAAUCAGUAGCAAAAUUUAUAACAGAUAUCAACUUACCUAUAAAUUUAAACAAAUACUUUUUAAAUUUGUUCACUUACUCCUGGAUCACCUCUUUAAUGCUUAAUGACAUUUUAAAUGCAAGUCAAUUUAUCAAUAAUUAAAUGUACUUCCAGAGUCAAAAUAUGGAAACGACCUUCAUAAAUUUGACCAAAAUGUAUACCAAUUUCAUUUCAUUAGAAGAAAAUGGAUAUUUGGACAACCUGAAUAUUACUCAUUUAGACAAUACAGUUUAUGUUGAAAAUGUAGACUUCACUGAUUAUAUUUAUUAUCUUGAAGCUAUAGGAUAUAGACUCUUGCAUUUUGAAUCAAACUCUAUUUAUUUAUCAAAUCUACUAAAAUAUCGACUCAAUUUUGGCAAUAUAAUCCAAAAUAAUUUUUAAAUAAUUCAGUCGUUAGGAUCAUAUUAUAGUGAUUAAUAGGAUGGCAAGAUAUUAUUGUUAUUUAAUUAGAUUCUUGCUGAAAUAAUUAUAAUUGGAUUAAUCAUAUUUAGUUAGUUGUAUUUUUGGAGAAGGAUUGAACAAUAUUGUUAGAAAAUAUUAUUACUCUCCAAUAGAUUGACUGAAAGUGGAGCAGAAAAUUAAAUAAUUAAAUUUAGAUUAGUCGCGUAAAUCAUGAAGCAAACUUUUGGAGAAUUGGGAUUUAAAUAGCAGAAUUGUUAUAAAUUAUGCUAUACAGAUAUGCUAUAGAGUAAAAAAGGAUUUAAAUAACAUAGAUCAAAGAUUCAGUCAAUUUUAAUAAAGUCUAAAAAGGCUAAACAACAAGAAAUCUAAACCAAGAAACCUGGUUCUUCUACUAUUCCUUUAAAUUCCAGGAUCUCGAAUGUGUAGAUUAACAUAAUAUUUAAACUAAUUUAUGUAAUGAUAAACAUAUCAUUUGUCUGCUUUUUCUUCUUAGGAGAUUAUUUGUUGUAUAAGGACCAAUCAUUAAAAUUGAAUCCUGCGUAUGGGUUGGCUAUGGAUUAUAUUUAAUUUUAAAUAGGUUUUGAAAAUACUAUCACUGUUGCUCUUAUGAUCAAAUCUGAAUAACAGAUUUAUAGUGUAAUGAGUGAAGUAAUCUAGAAUGAGUUUCUUGUUCUUAGUAAUACGAAUAUAUAGUAUAAUGUUACAUCCGUUCUAACAUAAGUCUAUAGCUUUAAUCAUUCGGAUUUGAAUUCAAUUUAUUAAAAGAUCAUAGAUUACGAUAUUAUCAAUGGUGAAGAUGAAACAUACAUACUGACAAUAUACAACAAUGAUUUCUGUUUGGUCUUUGAUGACUAAGAGAUUCCAUUUUGCAAUAAGAACUUAUCGCCAUAAUAGUUUAGAUCAGAAUAUGGUACAUAUGACAGUAGGGAUAACAAUUCUUAAUAUUUAAAAUCUGGGAUUGUUGGAAUAGUAAGCAAGAUGGAUACAUUUUUGAUGUAAUAUUAUGAGUUUGAGUACUAAACAGGGUCAUUGGAUCCUGAUUUUGUUAAACUAAAUUAGCAAUUGAAUAGUUAGGAUUUUACUAAUAUAAUAGUUCAACAUUAUUUAGAUACAUACUUAGGUUUUGAAGAGUUUUUUAAUAAUAUUCAAGAGUCUAUAAUAAAUCUCAUCACAUCACAAUAGAAUACAUAAGACUUAUAUUAAUUUUUAAUAGGGAUAUUCCUCCUAAUCUUUUUGAUUGUAGCGGGGGGACUCAUGAUAAUUAAGGUCAAUUUAAGAUUAAUUCAUCUAAGACUAUUGAUUACUUUGUUGCCAGUUGAAAUAAUGUUGGAUAUCUAUACAAUAUCCUUGCUAAAAAUCUUGUAAUGA